CACCGUAGAGGAAGGAGGAUCUGAGGUUUUCUUAGAGGGAUUAAACAGUGAGUUUUAGUAAGGUGUGACAUCUCAACUUCUGGUUUCAUGGUACCGGACCUUGUAAACAAAUAUUUGAAGAUGUGGUUGUGGAUUUUGAUUAGCCUUGAGAUCAUCACAAAGGUGCAUGGGUAUUCAGAUGGUAUAUUCCCAGAGUCGUGUGACUCUAUGUUACCUGUGCAUACAAAUAGAAACGGGAUAUUGUAUAAACCCCAGAGUACUGACCCACCCUUUGAGAUCACAUACGAUCCCGCCCCACAUGGACAACCUAUCACAGUUUAUCUCAAGAGCAAGCAAUCCAAUAAGUUCACAGGAUUUAUGUUGGAGGCUCGAAAGACGCAGGACGUAGUAGGCCCUGCUGUUGGGAAAUUCAUCAUGCUUGAUUCUCGUGAAACUCGACUCCUGUCGUGCCAUAGUUCACUGGACAACGCUGUUAGUCAAAAACUCGGUUCAGAAAAGCGUUUGUUCAAAGUAAACUGGACGUCGCCACAGGAAAAAGACUUGGACUACACUUUUAGAGCCACAUUUCUUCAGUAUUUUGAAACUUUCUGGGAACCAAUGGAUUUAGAUGUCAAGUUGUCAUCACCAACAACAACUUCUAUGCCAUCUACUACAUUGCCAACUACUACAACUCCAAUUACUACAAGUACUACAACGCCAAUUACAACAACUCCAAUUACUACAACGCCAAUUACAACAACUCCAAUUACUACAAGUACUACAACACCAAUUACAACAACUCCAAUUACUACAAGUACUACAACACCAAUUACAACAACUCCAAUUACUACAAGUACUACAACACCAAUUACAACAACUCCAAUUACUACAAGUAAGCAUUGA